UGCAAAAGUAAAGUGAACUUUCUCAUUAUUCAGUAUCUGAAGCUGGAAACUCAAAGUGUUCUUUGUUAAAUUAAAUUAAAACAUUUUGUUUCUAAAAAUGCGUCGAAUCGAGAUAGUUGUUCUGAUUAUAUCAAUCUUCAAUUUCGUACCGUUUCUACAUGGCCUGAAGGAAGGCGACUGUGAAGUUUGUGUCAAGACGGUAGAAAAAUUUGCUGCUGGUCUGGAUGAUUCUGUUAAGAAAGAUACCAAAAAAAUCGAAGACGAGUUCCGGUUAUUCUGCAAAACUGCCAAAAACAAGGAGCAACGAUUCUGUUAUUACUUAGGUGGCGUGGAGGAAUCCGCUACGGGAAUCUUGAAUGAACUUUCGAAGCCACUCAGUUGGUCUAUGCCAGCUCUUAAAAUUUGCGAGAAACUAAAGAAGAAAGAUUCCCAAAUUUGUGAUCUACGUUACGACAAGCAAAUCGAUGUUAACUCUGUGGAUUUGAAAAAGCUGAAGGUGAAAGACUUGAAGAAAAUUCUGUCCGAUUGGGAUGAAGAGUGUGAUGGAUGCCUGGAGAAAACUGAUUACAUAAAAAGAAUCAAUGAGUUAAAGCACAAAUAUGUAAAGACAGAACUAUAGGAUAAUGUCUAAUAUAAAUAAUAAACUACAAUAAGG